AUGCAAGGGAGGGGAGUUUCAGGCUUAGUAUGCUUCUUUGAGGAAUAUGCAGCUGAUCAAAAGAUUCAAAGAAAGCUACUUGUGCAGCUGUACCAACCUCUCACAGGUUCCACUGCAGACUGCAAGCUGGACAUAGGCUUUGUGAACAACUCCAAUGCCAGUGAGGAUUCCAGCUGCCACUGGUCACAGAUCCUGGGCCUGGGAGAGCUGAAGAAUGACAUCUCAUAUGAUGUCCCAUCAAAGGCAUGGCUUGACCUGGGGAGGUACAUCAGAGAGGUUAUGACAGCCCAUGACUCCUGCAGUUCUGUGUUGGGUUUCACCCUCUGCAGAUCAAAGAUGAGGCUCUGA